AUGGGCCCGGUCAACGACACCACCAGCAUCGCCGUGAGCAGGCCUGAUGCCGCGAACGGCCACGACCAAGCGCCCAUGGUGGAGGCUCAGCAUCUCGAGGCGGGCAGACCAACACAGAUGCUAAAUCCAGCUGCCACAGAUGAUUCCGAUGCCCACCAGUUCGAUGAUCAGGCACAACGGUUGCCUUUCGCUCGGAUGACGGCUGCUUACAUCUGUCUGUGUUUUUGUUACUUCAUCUCCUACCUCGACAUGAAUUCCAUAACGACGUCGACAGCAGUCAUAUCGGAUGCCUUGGAGGCCGGCCCGUCCAUUACCUGGGUUGGCACUGCGUACCUCCUUGGUCAAACUUCUUGCCAGCCCCUCUACGGUCGGGUUUCUGACAUCGUCGGCCGCAAACCCGUGCUCCUGUUUUCCGUCGGGUGCAUCGCGUUCGGAGGUCUGUUGGGUGGAUUCGCGCAGAACCCGCAGUGGCUCUACCUGUGCCGUGCCAUCAGCGGCACCGGCAGCGGCGGCAUCAGUUCUUCAGUUGCCAUAAUUGUCAGCGACCUGGUCAGCCUUAAAUCGCGAGGGAAAUACCAGGGCUUGAUAAGCCUUGCCAUCGGCAUCGGAGCAUCCACAGGACCAUUCGUGGCUGCGGGAUUGCUAGCAACGGGGCCAGAUGGCUGGAGGUGGGCGUUUAGGGUACCCUCUAUCGGAGCCGCGGGAUGUUGCUGUCUCCUUAUUUUCUUUCUACCCCAGAAGCCAGUCUAUGGAGACUGGAGGGCAAAGGUCAGCAAGGUCGACUGGCUAGGUGUCGUGACCUCUGUCGCUGGCCUUGUUCUAUUGCUGAUACCAAUAAAUUCGGGUGGGAGCCUUUGGUCCUGGACCAACGUCAAAACCAUCUCGACGAUUACCGUGGGCGCCGUUUUGCUCAUCACAUUUGUCGCUGUUGAGGCGUACAUGGCCAGAACCCCCAUUAUUCCACUCCAGCUCUUUCGCAGGAGGUCGCCAGCCAUCUUGUUCAUCACUGGAAUACUUUACGAUUUUGUGUGGCAAACAACACAAUACUUUGUUCCGCUCUAUUUCCAGACGGUUCGUGGAUAUACGCCGCUGCAGAGCGCCACUCUCAUCUUGCCGUUCCUCCUGGCCCAGGGUCUGGCUGGUGCUGCUUCCGGGCCUGUCAUGGCCAGACUCGCUAGAUACACAAACGUUUUGCGCAUAGGCUUCCUCCUCUGGACACUGGGUGCCGGCCUCAAGCUUCUUUUCAACCAGGGAACAUCCACCGCCGUGUGUGCGGUGGUCUUGGCCAUCGAGGGAGCAGGGGUAGGUUGGGUUCACCAGCCAGGCCUCGUGGCACAACAAGCGAACUCCAGAGACCAAGACCGCGCUGUUGUGACGAGCACCCGCAACGUUCUCCGCUCGCUAGGCGGCGUGCUUGGUGUUGCAGUAUCGACCGCUGCCUACUAUGCCGUCCUAGAUAGAAAUCUACGGGGUAAGGUUCCUGACUCGUUGCGGACACAAGUUCUCAGCGGCACGUGGCGCCUCGGCGACAGGACUACGGAAGUUUACCAGCCAGCAAUAUUGGACGCACGAAUGAACGGGUUCAAAUUCGUCUUUGCCAUUUCGGUACCACUCAUGGCGCUUUGUCUGCUGGCCGUCUUCUUUGUCGAUGACCUGGAGCUGCAGGGCGAUGCGAAACCCGAACCCCAGCCUGGCACCCAACCCGAACCCCAACCGGAUGCCCCGCAGCACCGGGAAAAGGUUCAAGCAUGA